AUGGAUUCCUUGACGCGAACACUUUUGAUCUUGAUAGCAAUAUUUUUGGGAGGUAUCGUGCAGAAGAACAUUCCAGGGUAUGCUCUUCGUGGUUUUGCAAAACUGCAAGUUCUGAACCUUCAAGGGAAUCGUAUAUAUAGCAUCAAUAAGGAAUCAUUUUGUGGUUUACAUUCACUGGUAGACCUCAGUCUGUUUCAGAAUAGAUUAACGUCGCUUCCCCGCGCUGCGUUCGCUUGCGCCUCAAAUCUCCGGAAAAUUAAUUUGUCACGUAAUAAACUUGCGACAUUGGAUCCCCAAUGGUUUGACGGAUCCUUGUUUCUUCGUAGCUUGGUGAUAGAUCAAAGUACCAUCGGUCGCAUCAAGGUCGGACCAUGGAAGGCAACUAAUCUUCAGACUCUUGUUCUAAGCAAAAACAAUAUAGGUUUCCUGAAUAGUAACUCCUUCACUGGCUUGGCAAAUUUGAAAACACUUGAUGUUUCUGGCAAUGGAGAUCGUUUACGGAUGUCAGAGGACGCCCUCACUUCAGUCGGUUCCUUAGAGUUCCUUGUCAUGGCGGAUAUGGAGAAAUUUAGCAUGACAGGUUCGUUUAGAAAUAUGCAAAAUCUACUUCAUCUGGAUAUCUCAUAUAGCCUGUUGAAGAUUUCAUCAAUUGACCAGUUUACGAACACAUCUGGGCUGAGGGUUCUCAAUAUGACGGAAUCAUAUCUCAAAGCUGAGGAUUUAGUUGGUAAACAUACAGGUACAUCGUUGUUCUCAGGCUUGGUCUCCUUGCAGAUCCUGGAACUGCAGAAAAAUGAUUUAAAUAACCUGCACGAUUUUCCUGGCAUAUUCACCCCGCUUGGAAGUCUUGUGGAGCUCGACUUAACAAGUUGUCGUAUACAGCAUGUUGCCUCAGGAACAUUUGCAAACCUAACGACCUUGCAGCUGCUUAGCCUGACUAACAAUGACUUAACUAGCAUUCCCAAAGACGCUUUUCAAGGCUUGCAUCAUUUACGAGUGUUGCAGUUGCAGUACAAUUCAAUUGCAUUCAUCGAGCAAGGGCUGUUUAUGGGCACAAACGAACUUGAACGGUUGUACUUACAAAACAAUCACAUUUUGACCAUAGCCACCAACACUUUGGCCAUCGUUGGUUACCAUGAGAUCACUGAAGAUCGAACUCCGGAGGACUAUGAAUACCAACUCAACCUCAUGUUCCAUGACGACGAGGAAUGGUGGGUAAAUGACUUCAUGAAACCUUUUCUGGAGCAGAGGAUGCCUCAUCUGGAGCGCGUCAUAUUUGGUGAUGCCGAUCUUCACCCAGGAUUGUUCUACUUGAACGCCAUCUACGACGUCAUCGAAAACGGCCACAAGACAAUAUUGUUGCUUAGCAACCAGUCUUUCGAUGAUACCUGGUACAUGACCAAGCUCCGUAUGGCAGUGGAGCACAUGAAUGACACCAAGUUGGAGAAGGUCAUCUUGAUUUUCCUUGAAGACAUCGAUGAUGACCAUCUACCGUACCUUGUUAGGCUCUUGCUGAGUCGGAACAAACCUUAUUUGUUGUGGACAGAGGAUGAAGAAGGUCAGGAGGUCUUCUGGGCAAAGGUCCAGAAGAGCAUGAGAUCAAACCGGCAAAUGAACAAUGUUAUACCCAUUUAA